AGGUGCUGGUUCCGGAUUCCGCACGAGGUGUUGACGGGGCCGCUCUGCCUGCCUCUCCUCAGGGAGCGCCGCGCCCGCGCUGCCCCUGUGCCGCACGUCCCAGACGCUUCUGCAGCGCAAGGCUGCAGGUGAGGCUCCCAGGAGACUGGGCCUCAUGGCUUCCUGGAAGAGCUCCUGGUGGCUGCUGAUGUGGAUGGCCUUGGUGCGCUCUGCCCUUCUGCAGAACACAGCAGAGAAGUCUCCUGGAGCCUAUUUCCUUCCUGAGUUUGCACUCUCUCCUCAGGGAAGUUUUCUGGAAGAUACAACAGGGGAACAGUUCCUUACUUAUCGCUAUGAUGACCAGACCUCAAGAAACACACGUUCUGAUGAAGACAAAGAUAGCAACUGGGAUGCUUGGGGUGACUGGAGUGACUGCUCCCGGACCUGUGGAGGAGGAGCAUCCUAUUCUCUGCGGAGAUGUUUGACUGGGAGGAAUUGCGAAGGGCAGAAUAUUCGCUACAAGACAUGCAGCAAUAAUGACUGCCCUCCGGAUGCAGAGGACUUCAGAGCCCAGCAGUGUUCCGCCUACAAUGAUGUCCAGUAUCAGGGGCACUAUUAUGAAUGGCUUCCAAAAUAUAACGACUCUACUGCCCCUUGUGCACUCAAGUGUCAUGCACGGGGACAAAAUUUGGUAGUAGAGCUGGCCCCCAAGGUACUGGAUGGGACUCGUUGCAACGCAGACUCCCUGGACAUGUGUAUCAGCGGCAUCUGUCAGGCAGUAGGCUGUGAUCGGCAACUGGGAAGUAACGCCGAGGAAGACAACUGUGGCGUCUGUGCUGGCGAUGGCUCCACCUGCAGGCUGGUGCGGGGACAAUCCAAGUCACAUGUUUCUCCCGAAAAAAGGGAAGAAAAUGCCAUUGCUGUCCCUUUGGGAAGUCGCAGUGUGAGAAUUACAGUGAAAGGGCCUGCACAUCUCUUUAUUGAAUCAAAAACACUUCAAGGAAGCAAAGGAGAGCACAGCUUUAACAGCCCUGGAGUUUUUGUUGUAGAAAACACAACAGUUGAAUUUCAGAGGGGGUCAGAAAGGCAAACCUUUAAGAUUGCAGGACCUCUGAUGGCGGAUUUCAUUUUCAAGACCAGGUACACUGUGGCCAAAGACAGCGUGGUCCAUUUCUUCUUUUACCAGCCAAUCAGUCAUCAGUGGAGACAGACAGACUUCUUUCCCUGCACUGUGACAUGUGGAGGAGGUUAUCAGCUCAAUUCUGCAGAGUGUGUGGAUAUCCGCUUGAAGAGGGUGGUUCCUGACCAUUAUUGCCAUUACUACCCUGAAAAUGUAAAACCCAAACCAAAACUGAAGGAAUGCAGCAUGGAUCCUUGCCCAUCCAGUGAUGGAUUUAAAGAGAUUAUGCCCUAUGACCACUUCCAACCUCUCCCUCGCUGGGAACAUAAUCCUUGGACUGCAUGUUCGGUGUCCUGUGGAGGAGGGAUUCAGAGACGGAGCUUUGUGUGUGUCGAGGAGUCCAUGCAUGGAGAGAUACUACAAGUGGAAGAAUGGAAGUGCAUGUACGCACCCAAGCCCAAGGUUAUGCAAACUUGCAAUCUGUUUGAUUGCCCCAAGUGGAUUGCUAUGGAGUGGUCUCAGUGCACGGUGACUUGUGGCCGAGGGUUACGUUACCGGGUUGUUCUGUGUAUCAACCACCGUGGACAGCAUGUUGGCGGCUGCAAUCCACAAUUGAAGUUACACAUCAAAGAAGAAUGCAUCAUCCCCAUCCCUUGUUAUAAACCGAAAGAAAAAAGUCCAGUGGAAGCUAAAUUACCUUGGCUAAAACAAGCACAAGAACUAGAAGAGACCAGAAUAGCAACAGAAGAACCAACGUUCAUUCCAGAGCCCUGGUCAGCCUGCAGUACCACAUGUGGGCCAGGAGUUCAGGUCCGAGAGGUAAAGUGCCGCGUCCUCCUCACGUUCACACAGACAGAGACCGAGCUGCCUGAGGAAGAGUGUGAGGGCCCCAAGCUGCCCACUGAACGUCCUUGCCUCCUGGAAGCUUGUGAGGAGAGCCCUGUGUCCCUUGAGCUGAGUGCCUCUGUGGAGGAGAAGGACAACGAGAUGACUUAUGACUGGGAGUACGCUGGGUUUACCCCUUGCACGGCGACAUGUUUGGGAGGCCGUCAAGAAGCCAUACCAGUGUGCUUACACAUCCAAACCCAACAAACGGUCAAUGACACAUUGUGCGAUGCAGUCCACCGACCCCCAGCGAUGAGCCAGGCUUGUAACAUGGAGCCCUGCCCACCCAGGUGGCACACGGGCUCCUGGGGACCCUGCUCAGCUACCUGUGGCGUUGGAAUCCAGACCCGAGAUGUGCACUGCCUGCACCCUGGGGAAUCACUUGCCCCUCCUGAGGAAUGCAGAGCUGAAAAACCCCAUGCCUUGCAGGCAUGCAAUCAGUUUGACUGUCCUCCUGGCUGGCACAUUGAAGAAUGGCAACAGUGUUCCAGGACAUGUGGUGGGGGAACGCAGAAUCGAAGGGUCACCUGCCGGCAGCUGUUGACAGACGGCAGCUUUCUGAAUCUCUCGGAUGAAUUGUGCCAAGGGCCCAAGGCAUCAUCUCAUAAGUCCUGUGCCAGAACAGAUUGUCCUCCACAUUUCACGGUGGGAGACUGGUCAGAGUGUUCUGUCAGCUGUGGUGUUGGAAUCCAGCGAAGAAAGCAGGUAUGUCAAAGGCUGACAGCCAAAGGCCGGCGUGUCCAUCUUGGUGAAGCGAUGUGCAAGGAUCUCCCAGGGCCACCGCUCGUGAAAUCUUGCCAGAUGCCUGCAUGCAACAAAAUAAAACCAGAAGUGAAAACAAAACUAGGUGAACAGGGUCCUCAGAUCCUCGGUGUCCAGAGAGUCUACAUUCAGACGAGGGAAGAGAAGCGUGUUAACCUGACCAUCGGCAGCAGAGCCUAUUUGCUACCCAACACAUCAGUGAUUAUUAAAUGCCCAGUGCGACGAUUCCAAAAAUCUAUGAUCCAGUGGGAGAAGGAUGGCCAUUGUCUGCAGAACUCCAAGCGACUGGGCAUCACCAAGUCGGGCUCACUGAAAAUCCACAGUCUUGCAGCCUCCGACAUCGGCGUGUAUCGGUGCAUUGCGGGCACUGCCCACGAAACAGGUGUUCUCAAGCUGAUUGGUACUGACAACAGACUCAUCAUACCUCCAGCCCUCAGAGAGCACAGGAGGGGGUAUCCUGGGAUAGACCACAACCAAGAUAAUAGUUUGGGAGCCACGUGGCAUAAAAUGCGGCAAAUGUGGAGUGACAAAGAUGAGCUUUAUCUAGAUGAUGGCCAAAUUAAUAACCAACCUUUAUUGAGAGCUCUGUUGGGCCACUGCAGCAAUUCUGCAGGAAAUACCAACCCCUGGGAGUUGAAGAAUAAGCAGUUUGAAGCAGCAGUUAAACAAGGGGCAUAUAGCAUGGAUACAGCCCAGUUUGAAGAGCUGAUAAGAAACAUGAGUCAGCUCAUGGAAACUGGAGAGGUCAGUGAUGACCUUGCGUCCCAAGUGAUAUAUCAGCUGGUGGCUGAACUAGCUAAGGCACAGUCCACUGACAUGCAAUGGAGGGGCAUCCAGGAAGGGCUGCCUCCUGCAGCUCAGCUGAGGGGGGAAACAGGAAGUGUGCCCAAAAACUCAAAUGCAAAGUACUCAGGCAAGCUGAUAUUCAAGCCAGAGGUACCUGUUCUCGUGAGGCAAAGCCAACCUUCUGCAAUUUCAUUUAAUAAAACAAUAAACUCAAGGAUGGGAAAUACAGUCUACAUUACAAAAAAGACCAAGGUCAUCAAUAUACUGUGUGACCUCGUAAGCCCCAGUGAGACCACAUAUACAUGGACCAAGGAUGGAGCGUUGUUACAGCCCUCAGUAAAAAUAAUUUUGGAUGGAAUGGGGAAGAUACAGAUACGAAACCCUACAAGGAAGGAACAAGGGAUCUAUGGGUGCUCUGUAGCCAAUCAUCUCGGUUCAGACAUGGAAAGUUCUUCUGUGCUGUAUGCAGAGGCACCUGUCAUCUUGUCUAUUGAAAGAAAUAUCACCAAACCGGAGCACAGCCAUCUAUCUGCCGUGGUUGGAGGUGUCAUAGAGGCAGCCCUUCGAGCAAAUGUGACAAUCCAAUGUCCUGUGAAAGGUGUCCCUGAGCCCAAUGUAACUUGGUUGAAGAGAGGAGGAUCUCUGAGUGACAAUAUUUCCUUGCUUUUCAAUGGAUCCCUGUUGUUGCAGAACAUUUCCCUUGAAAAUGAAGGAACCUAUGUGUGCACAGCCACCAAUGCUCUUGGAAAGGCCAUGGCAACAUCUGUACUUCACUUGCUGGAACAAAGAUGGCCAGACAGUAAAAUUGUCUUUCCCAAGGGAUAUAAAAAGCACGUGCUCUUGGCAUCCAACACCGGACCCAACAUCAGUGACACACCAGGAGAAGCCUCACCUCAAGUGCCUUUUUGGGAGCCUGGUAACUGGACACAUUGUUCUGCUACCUGUGGCCACUUGGGAACCAGCAUUCAGAGACUCCGGUGUGUGAUGACCAAUGGGCAGGAAGUGAGUGAGGCCCUCUGUGAUCCCCUCCAGAAGCCACUGGCUGGAUUUCAGCCCUGUAACAUCCGGGACUGCCCUGCGAGGUGGUUGACAAGUGCGUGGUCAGAGUGCUCUGUGUCUUGCGGUGAGGGAUUCCGCAGUCGGCAAGUAACAUGCAAACGGACAAAAGCCAAUGGAACUGUGCAGGUGGUAUCUCCAAGAGCAUGUGCCACCAAAGACCGGCCUCUGGGGAGAAAACCAUGUUCCAGUCAUCUGUGUGUUCAGUGGGUCGUUGAACCAGGGACCCAGUGUCCUGGGCGUUGCAUGCGUCACGCCGUGAGGAUGCAGCAGCGGCGUCACCCGAUCGGUCAACAGCACCACGACUCUGCAGCCCCAGAUUCCCACUGCGAUGACAGAAGGAGACCCCCUACCUUUAGAAGGAACUGCUCGUCAGGGGCCUGUGAUGUGUGUUGGCGCACAGGCCCCUGGAGGCCCUGUACAACAGCCUGUGGCAGGGGCUUCCAGGCUCGGAAGGUGGACUGUGUGCACAGAACGAGCUGCAAACCUGUGGCUGAGAGACACUGCGGGCAGCAAAAGAAGCCAACUUCCUGGCGGCACUGUCUUGGGCCUUCCUGUGACAGUACGUACCCCGCUCAGACCUCUACAAACAGAGGUGCUGCCAGUCAUGUCAAGAAGGAUAAACCUUUGGCGGGGUCAUGAUGCUGCUGUGAAGAUAAAAGAAAAACCUAAAAGCUCUUUUCCCCACGUGGCUGGUUCAAAAACAUGACUCUCUUAAAAGACUAGAUUCCACAAUCAAACAGAAAUUGAUGCAAAAACACCACUGUUAAAAUUUUGUCAAGUGACAUUUUCCCACGGCUGGUAUUUUAACUUCAGCUCUUUUAAGCAAUGUAUUCCAGGACUAGCCAUGAUACAUUGGCGCACAUGCCAUUGCACUUGGUCCUCGCCAUGUCUUUCUCAGCAGGAAAACAGCAAGACCGGGAACACACCACCACACGCUGCUUCUUUCUUGGGAUUCGUAGACUAGCAUAGAGUAGUCCAUCCUGGAGACUUGGGAGACACAACAAUUGAUGACUUCCUUCUCUCUCAAGUUUUAGGAUUUCAACAGGUUAAUAAGGGAUUUACACUUUAGAAGCUCUGGCCAGUAGUUAUUAAAAAUGUUGGCACUAAGUGGCGCAGUUAAGCACUCAGCUGCGAACAAAAGGUUAGAGGUUGAAGGUCACAGAGGUGCCUUGGAAAAAAGCCCUGGUGAUCUGCUUCUGAAAGAUCACAGCCAUUGAAAACCGUAUGGAGCACAGUUCUACUCUGACACCUAUGGGGUUGCCAUGAGUCAGAACUGAUUCGAUGGCAACUGGUCUGGUUGAGCCUAUGAAAAAGAGGCAAUCACUCUGGACAGGCUUGCUUAACACAGACCGACCUGAGGAUUUAUUGGGGGGGGGGGGCAAGUGGCAUCUUGUCCUUGCUCCUGCACCCACAGGAAAAAACACAGAGUAGAUGUGGCAGCCAGUUUUGCAACUAUGGAAAUCUGUCUGUGACCAAAUGAGGCGUCAUGGAAAUCAAAGGAGUGGGAAAGUUAACCUUUUCUACUGAUUUUUAAGUAAUAUCCAAAGCUUUCUUUUAGGAGCUGUGAAUAGAACUUUUUCUAAGCACUAUUCUCUUGCACACAAACAGAAAAUCAAACCCUUAUCAGACCUAAUUUAUGCAUCAAAUAGUAUUCCUAAGGAUUUUUAUUUUGGAAAAAUUAUAAGAAAGUAAAUAUGAAGCAUGAUAGUUAAAAAUAAUUGUUUACAACAAAUGUUUUAAUUACAGUUGAUUUGCCAGUAAAUCCGAAGUGAAUUAGAGUUAGGCCAGAGGUUAGACUUAGAACUAGAGGUUAGCCUUAGCAUUUGGUCUAGAAUUUGGGAAAUACUGUUAGGGUUAGCUUUAGUUUUAGGAUUAGGGCUAGGAUUGGGUUAGAUAAGAAUGGAAGUUAAGUUAGGGCUAAGGAUAGAGUUGGCUUUAGGGGUUAGAGUUAGGGCCAGGUUAGGUCAGGGUUGAGUUGGGCUUGGAUUGGUGCCAAUGCUGGUGCCAGUGAUAAUGUCAGGGUGGAGGUUAAGUUUGGAGUAAACGUUGCUGCUGAAGUUAAUUAAGGCUGGCAUUCAAUUUUAAGUUCUGAAGCUGAUUUAGUUAUGGGGAUCUUUCCCUCAUAUACUACCACUUACGGCUUUAGCUGGCAGACAGCUCCCAGUAAGUGGGCACACUUCCUAAUUCAGUGUCCCAGCUGUCUGUACACAUGCUGUCAGCAGCCUGUUUGGCAACGAAGUUACCUGAAGCAGGUUGUGCUGGACCUAGUCCCUAGUCAAUAAUAAGCGAAGAAUGCAUUGUAGCUUUCGAUUUUUGUGUGGGCGAGCUUGCUGAGUCUAUCUACCAUAUUCUGAACACCAGGUCUCUCUUGUUGUGACUUCAGCCUCACUGACACUGGGAUGAGCACUACUGUACGUGGAUGGUUUGGUGGUUGGGGAUGGAUGGGGAAAGUGAAGAGGCUACACCAGCCCAGGAGUUUUCAAUCAUCGAUCGCACUUGAUAGUUAAAGGUUUUUAAAUUAAAAGAAAGAUCAUUUGUAAAAUACUUUGUAUAUAUUUAUUAUAUGACUUAAAGGUGCAAUAUUUUAUUUUGUACAGUAUGUAAUGAAGACAUGGGACAUAUAUUUUUCUUAUUAACAAAAUUCCCUAUUAAAUUGCUUCACCUUUGUAUUUAAAGUUAAAAGUUACUAUUUUUCAUUUGCUAUUUUACUUUGCUCUUGUUAUCACCCAAACCCCAUCCCUGUGUAUUUUAUUUUACUGCUAUUUCUGUAAUGUGAGAGUUAAUGUUUCUCUUUCAUGAUUCUUAAAUCAGAAAUAAAUUUACUUCAGUUAUUCAGCGACACCGUUAUAAAUGUAGGUGGUUUAAUUGUGUUAUGUUGUUGGUACCCUCAGAUAUUGUCACCUUGGCUGCCCUUCAACGCUGUGAGUCUAGGAACACCUCUAGUGAGUUCAAUGCCCUGGGGCUGUCCUUUGGAGUGUGGGUUACAAGAUUCAGAGAAGGUCCCAUAAAGAAUCACUCUAACUCUCCCAUCCAAUCAUUUAUACUCUUUGUGGACCAUAUUAAAAAGGAUGUUAACAGCUAAAGAGGUGGAAAAAAGCCCCAAAUGAGCAGCCUGAAAGAGGUAUAGAAGUGGGUGGUAGUUGGGAGAGCAGGAGGUACUCAUGCCCUUUUAUUUUUAGUCAUUGUGAGGAGUGUAUUAGGGACUGAUUUUAGAUGUCUGCAGCUAGAGACUUUUUAACAGCAAUCUCCUCUACCCUCCUAUCUAUCAUUUCCAUACAGCUUCAAGAUUAACACUGAGUGUUUAUGGGCAAUAUUCAUGUUAUUGGAAUUGUGAUUCCCUUCAUUGAACAUGGGCCUUGUAGUUUCCAAAGUCACUUGCUGAAGACAAAAAUUAAUCAUGUUACAGUAACUUGUGAGAAUAUGUUAACCUCAGGAGGCUGAGAUACAUAGAAGAUAAGCAAUGAUAUACAUCUAAUCUCUCAAAAGUGUCCUUUUUUAUAUUUACAAAAAAAAAAAAACUAAGGCUUACAUAGGUCACUUUCUACACUGUUGAGUGGCUGAGAGU